AAAUAAUAUUCUCUUCACCUACACGGAAGAUGUGUCGAAUAUUUUUUUGUUGUUUUUAAACAAGAUGGUUUAACAGAGUCCGAAAGCUGAGCUUGCAAUUCGAAAUGAAAAUUCAGUGCUUCCACCCUUUAAACAUUAAGAUGCGUUGUUUAAAAACACUCGUUCCUGGUAAAUGUAGUUUUAAUAUUGGAUAUCAUACAUUGGCACAUAAUCCAACUAUACCAAUUACAUUUUAUUCACGAUUACGUUGCGUUAUUCGCAAUUGCGUUGCCUAGAUAUAUAUAUUUACACGGAGAAACAGUGAAGCUACACUUCUUUAAACAACACCCUAAUUGAUAUCAGCAGCCACUCUUUUAAGGGAAGAUUGAAAUGCAGUUCAGCCGCGUUUGUUCAGAAUGAGAAAGUUGGUAAAAGCCAAACUUUGUAGAGUUUUUUCUUGUAACGUUAUUUCUGGGAUCGUGGAAUAUAUAAUGUAAAAUGCAGUUUCUUUAUUUAUGUUACCCUGUUAGUCCCCUUUCUGUUAGGACACGAUGGUAAACUAACUCCCACUCAUCUGUGGCGGGUAAUGCAAUUACAAAACGGGGUCCUUGGUAAAGCGUUGUUGUAUCGCCUAAAGUCCUAACCGCGAACAACUUGAAACGUUCGUGUGUUUGGAAUGAGCGUCGUUCGUUUAUACCAAAGGCAACGACGGACCGCACGAAGGAGGAUUAUUCCCUCCUCCGAAAUCACGCUCUAACCUCACAACGGGCAAACUUCCUCCAACGCCUUGCGUGUUCAAUCAAUAAUAAUUACAUCCCGGCGCCGAGUUCCUCCUCUACUCCUCCUCCCACUGCGCGGCAAUUGAUCGUGAAUUUCGUGCAGCAAAAAAAAAGUUUGAUGUAGGAUUACAGCAGGACAUUAAUCAGGAUAUAUGUCCAGGGUUUUGAAGAAUUAUACGGAACAUGCCUGUGAUGGAGAAUAUAUCUCGCUGCGUUGUCCCCACAAAACCACCAUCAGUAUCCAGUCUUCAUUUUACGGCAGGAAGGCACCCAGUCACCAGAUGUGCCCAUCACGUUAUGGACAGAGUUUUAAAGACAUUGAAAUGGAAGAUUUGUCCUGUUCAGCUGUCACAUCCUUGCAGAAAAUGUUGGAUGAAUGCCAGGACAGGAGGAGUUGUCAGCUUCUUGUCAAUAGCAGAAUAUUUGGGACAGACCCUUGUCCUGGAACCAGCAAAUACCUCAUCGUAUGGUACAAGUGCCGGCCAAAUGAAUACAAGAGUAAAGUGGCUUGUGAAGAUGACAAACUGCGCUUGAACUGUAAACGGAGUAUGGUGAUAGCUAUCUACUCUGCAAUCUUUGGCCGGUCACAAGAAGGAAGCUUAGAAUGUCCUUACUGGAAUGUAGGAGUCCCAGCUGUCGACUGCCAGUCAACCUUAGCUUUACAGAUUAUGACUAAACGAUGCCACAGGAAGAGAAGUUGCAGUGUGUACGCCAGUUCCUAUGAGUUUGGUGAUCCCUGCUAUCCAGGCAUUCGCAAAUUUCUCAACGUUAUAUAUACCUGCGUUCCUAAGAAGUUGUUGGACGAAAGCAAUCCCAAGCCUACUCAUUAUAAAGGGAUUCAGCAGCUCAAUUUUCCACCACACUACAAGCCUUAUGACCGUAACAUUGUAAGAGAUGGUGUCUUUUCCCAUGAUGUGUUACCUUUUAUAACAGAAGCAUCCUUGCCAGAAGAAAAGAAGAAAGGAAGAUCAGCCUCUAAUUAUCCAAUGGACACCAAACCCCUGCCGAUCCCAGUGGAUGAAAGUGAUAAGAAACUUCUGGAAACGAGGGGUAUUCGGACUGAGAUGGCAUUAUUAAGCAACAUUCUGGAAACCUACUCUUACGUUAUAGCGAAUCCAGAGAAAACGGCUUUAUAUUUCCUGUCUGGCGUGUGCAUUGGACUGAUACUUACACUGUGUGCUCUCGUGGUGCGGAUAUCCUGUCAGACAGACUUGAAGAAAUCAGUGGUUAAGAACACAGAUGUGGAGGACAGUAAUGAUGAUGAUGACAGUGAGGAUGAUAAUUCUGACACUACCUCCGACCUGUCAGCCAGGCGACACCGACGCUUUGAGAGAACUUUAAACAUGAAUGUUUUUACCUCAGCAGAGGAACUGGAACGGGCUCAGAGGUUGGAAGAAAGAGAGCGGAUAAUUAGGGAGAUCUGGAUGAAUGGUCAGCCUGAUAUUCCUGCCACCAGAAGCUUGAAUCGCUAUUACUAAUAUGCUAUCUAGAUCAGCGGUGUUGAUAAUGGUAAGAGCUCAGAAUACAUGAUGGUGCUUUCGGUACCCACAGCUGUGCAAGACUGGAACUAUAGAUAUCCUCAGCUCUGGGUGCAUCUCACAAACAAUAA